ACCUAUCGCGCUCCCGUGUCGGCCCCACUCCGAAUCGGCGAGCCCACGACAUCGGCGCUUCCUUCCGGCACCUUCCCAAGUCACGAGAAAGGCUUCGCUCCGAACUCGCCGGCGAUGGCGAGCUCCGGCGGAAUCUCCGACCAGCUCUUCGUCUCCGUCAAGUUAGAGAGCCCGCGCCUCGCGGAGCUCGACCUCGCCCCCCACCUCUUCGGCUCCCACCCCGUGGCUGGCUCGUGGGACCCCUGCAAGGCCCUGCCGUUGGAGCGGGCGGCUACCUCCGUGUGGGAGUUCAGCUGCGUCGUGCCUUCGCAGCACGAAUCGCUGGAUUUCAAGUUUGUUUUGAAGCGAGAAGAUGAUAGUUCUCAGUACAUUAUUGAGGAGGGACCUAACCGACCACUCGGUUGCCAGAGCAAUGAAUUUGAAAUGAGGACUGCAGUGUUUAAACUCAAUGAAGGGAAGGAGGUACUUGAGUGCAAGGUUCAGAUUGAGACAGAAAUGUUAUCCCCAUUUGACCUGGCAGCUAGUUGGAGGGCUCAUCAGGAGUAUUUUCAGCCUUCAAGGGUGCGAGGGACCCACGAUGUCACUAUCAACCCUGGGUUAGAAGGCAGGGCCAAGAAUGGCUUCGCUUCUGGUUUGGAGCUUGAUUUAGAGAAGUAUGUAGUUCCAACACCAAACAUGGGCUCAGGUGUUGUUUAUGCAGCUAACUUGACUGAAAAUCCACGCUCAUUAUUGCAAACUGGGAGUUCCUCAAACAAUGAUACCACAAAGGACAUUUUGCACAGCUCAACUAAAGGAGACUCAUCCUCGAAUCACUAUGUUAACACUAUGAAGAGUGCAAUUGGAGGGCAUGCGCCAUCACUGGAAGAACAAAGGGCAAUGUUUGUUGAUAGAGGUGUUGGCUCACCAAACUUUGCAAGACCAACAAAGGAAACCUUUUCGAUGAGCAACUUUAAGUUGGAUUCUGACUCAAAGCAGGGUAUGCCAGCAGCAGAAGGCGCUGUUGCAGCAGCUGCAGUAGCUGAUCAGAUGUAUGGGCCAAAAGAGGACCGCAAGUUGGCCAUCGUGUUGGUUGGGCUACCAGCUCGUGGUAAGACCUUUACAGCAGCUAAACUUACAAGAUAUCUCAGAUGGUUAGGUCAUGAAACAAAGCACUUCAAUGUUGGAAAGUACCGCCGGCUCAAGCAUGGAACUAAUCAGACUGCUGAUUUCUUUCGUGGAGAUAACAGGGAGGGUGUGGAGGCACGCAACGAGGUGGCUGCAUUAGCAAUGGAAGAUAUGCUAUCUUGGAUGCAGGAAGGUGGUCAGGUUGGUAUUUUCGAUGCCACAAACAGCACAAGAAUACGGAGAAACAUGCUGAUGAAAAUGGCUGAAGGAAAAUGUAAGAUCAUCUUUUUGGAAACAUUAUGUAAUGACCAAGAUGUUCUUGAGAGAAAUAUACGAUUGAAAGUUCAACAAAGUCCCGAUUAUGCAGAGCAAACAGAUUUUGAAGCUGGUGUACAAGAUUUCAAAGAGCGAUUGACCUACUAUGAAAAGGUCUAUGAACCUGUGGAAGAAGGUUCUUACAUAAAAAUGAUUGACAUGGUUAGUGGGAAGGGAGGCCAAAUAAAGAUUAAUGACAUAAGUGGUUACUUGCCUGGACGGAUUGUUUUCUUCUUGGUUAACUGUCAUCUGACGCCUCGUCCUAUCCUGCUAACAAGACAUGGCGAAAGUAUGGAUAAUGUCAGAGGAAGAAUUGGUGGAGACUCUUCUUUGAGUGAGGUUGGUGAGCUUUAUUCAAGAAAGCUUGCAAGCUUUGUGGAGAAGCGACUGAAGUCCGAGCGGACUGCCUCUAUAUGGACUAGCACACUCCAGAGAACAAUAUUAACAGCACAUCCGAUCAUUGGUUUUCCAAAGAUACAAUGGCGUGCUCUUGACGAGAUAAAUGCUGGGGUAUGUGAUGGGAUGACAUACGAUGAAAUAAAGAAAAGUAAACCUGAAGAAUAUGAAUCACGAAGAAAAGACAAGCUGAGGUAUCGUUAUCCAAGAGGAGAAUCCUACCUUGACGUCAUUCAAAGAUUAGAACCUGUAAUAAUUGAGCUUGAACGGCAGCGUGCUCCAGUUGUAGUCAUAGCUCACCAGGCUGUGUUAAGAGCACUUUAUGCAUAUUUUGCGGACAAACCACUCGAGGAAGUCCCAAAUAUUGAGAUACCUCUGCAUACAAUAAUUGAGAUACAAAUGGGUGUUGCUGGUGUUCAAGAAAAACGGUACAAACUCAUGGACGCAAUUCAUCCCACAGCGGGGUUGUAAGAAACAAUGCCUUCUAAAAGCAAUGGCGGCACAAAUAAAUUUUGUGAUGAUAUACGCAUCACAACAUUCAAUCAAUUAGAAGCUAUAGUUCGAAGUGGAAUAUUACCCCACUAGGUUUAGCUCAUAGAUGAUUUGACAUUUGACUUACAAAUUUUGGCUGGUUAUGUACUCUUCGUAAUUCAUGAGUUCUGAGCAUGUUAAGUCAGGUAUGAGUUUUAAGCAAGUUUAUUCAGGUCCUCAAGACUCGGGGCUCGUGCCGAAGACAUUUUUUUCGUAACGAACUCCCUUUCAAAAAUAUUUACAUUUUUUUAUUGGAAAAUAUUUACAUUUUGGUGUG